AUGGCAGAAACUGAAUAUUUAUAUUUACCAGAUGAUUGCUGGGAAUAUACAUUCAAAUUUCUCAACGACAACGAGUAUGAUCAUAAUCGUAACUUGAAGUCUCUCUCCGUCGUCUCUAAGCGAUUCUUCUCCAUCACUAACCGUAUCCGAUCGUCUCUCACUGUAUACGAUCCAACACUCCCUUUCCUCCCCCGCCUCUUCCAUAGAUUCACAAACCUCACCUCCCUUGACCUCACUCACUUCCACGGCGACCUCGAUGCACUUCUCAGUCAAAUCUCUCUUUUUCCAUGGAAACUCACAUCACUCAAUCUCUCUCACAAACCCAUCAUUAUUCCCGCUAACGGCUUACGAGCUUUCUCUCAAAAUAUUACAACUUUAACCUCUCUCAUUUGUUCCAACGUACCUUUCUUCACAAGCAACCACUUGUUCCUCAUCGCCGAAUGUUUCCCUUUACUCCAAGAACUCGACAUCCAUCUCUCCGACCCCAAUGCAAAGGCCAAGUAUUUCUAUAGCAAUAAAAGGAGCUUCCUCAAUGGGUUUGAGGCUCUUUCAUUGUCACUUUCCAAACUCCGCAAGAUUAAUCUCUCUGGCCAUUACUAUCUGGACGACAAAUCCAUUUUUCACUUGUUUAACAACUGUAAGCUUCUCCAAGACGUCAUCAUGCUUCAUUGUCAUGGAAUAACCAAAGCAGGGGUUGCUUCUGCUCUCACUGGGAAACAAUCAACAUCAACAUUGAGGUAUUUAUCCCUUCCCAUGUCCUUUACUGCACAAGUCGUCGACUCCUUAGUGAGUUUGAAGGGGUUGACUUAUAUUGAUAUGGCUUAUUCUACUAUUUCGAAUGAACUGCUCACCUCUAUUGCAAUGGAAGGUCUUCCUUUGAAGAGGAUUGCCAUCGGUUAUUGCAAGGGAUAUACUUAUACUGGACUAUUUACUUUGUUAUCCAAGUGUCAAUCUAUCCAACAUUUGGAUCUUCGAAACACCUCAUUUUUGAAUGAUCGUCAUGUUGUGGACUUGUCUUUAUAUCUUGUUGGUUUGGUUUCCAUAAACCUUAGUAGUUGUCCGCUGGUCACACAUCCAUCCUUGUUUGCACUAGUUAGGAAAUGUCCAUCACUCAGUGAGAUUAUAAUGAAUAAGGUUGGGCAUAAGAGUGUAGAGAAUUAUGAUUAUUUGAUGGAUUUUGGAGUAUACCCUCAACUAAACUCUCUUAAUAUGUCUUGCAAUUCAUGGUUAGGUGAUGAAACCAUCAUAAUGUAUGCUUCUGUUUUUCCCAAUCUCCACCGGCUUGAGUUGACAUGUUACCGUAAAAUAUCUUAUCAAAGUAUUGUUCAUGUUAUAAGGAGAUGCCAUAAAAUAAGUCAUUUGGAUUUAUCAUUUUCAUGGUUGAAGCCACUUGCAAUGGACUUUGAACUUCCCAAGCUUAAGAUGUUGAACUUAUCAUUUUCAAACGCCGAUGAUGAAACACUCUAUUCAAUCUCAAAGAGUUGCUGUGGGCUUUUGCAAUUGUUCAUAAAUAGUUGUUUAGGAUGCACAGAGAAGGGAGUGAAACAUGUGGUAGAAAAAUGCACACAGCUGAGAGAGAUCCAUUUGAGAGACUGUUCGAAAGUGCGUACCAAUGUUGCUGCCUCAGUGCUAUUUUCAAGUCCAUCAUUGAGAAAGAUAACUGCCCCACCUCAUAUCCAUUUCAGUGAAAGUGAGAGGAAACUCUUCUUGCGUCGAGGAUGCGUUGUUUGCUGA